GCAUAGUAAGAAGCGAAUACCCGAGUUUGUGUAUUACCCCGGUUAUUUUUAUCAGGUGUUUAUUUUGCGUUUAACAAAAUUAUUAAGCUUAGAAAAGACUACAGCGUGAACAACGCAACUUAUAACGUAGUUGCAGAUAUUUUCAGUACUUGAUAAAUAUCUCGAAAUCUCGAUGCUCGAAAAUUAGCUCUUGCGUAAUUUAUACUUUGACUGCUGAAUAGGUCGUUGUAAAAGUUUCUACAUGAAGAAACUCUUCAUUAAUUUAUAUACAUGCGCUUGCGCUAAAAAUCUAAUGCACCGAGUGGAAAGUACGAGUAAUCUCAUAUCAAAAAACGUAAUAUGACAUGGGCACACAAUGUCCUGGCGUGACUCAUCGCAAAUACCAGCUCGGUGGUGUGCAUCAUAUUGCGGUAAAAUUAUAUUUCCCGUUCACGUAAGUGAAUUUUGAUAAAAAGAUAUGGAAUUAAGUUUUGAGAUCAUUGAAAGCCUGAUUCCUGUGUCGACUACACAUUUGAUUGAAAUAAAAUUGAGGAAGAUUGACAACAAGAAGUCUGAAUUUUUGAACAAAAUGGAAACCACUUUCCAACCAGAAAUCUACAACACAACGCCAUACAUUCGACCGUUUAGUGACGAGGCGAUCUCCAUUUCAGCAUCGAUUCUAUUUAUUACGAUGAUGUUUGGAAUAGUAGCAAACCUCGUUACUAUUCUCGUAAUUGUAAUGUCGGAAAAAUUAAGGUCCAUCUUCAAUUUUAUGAUCGUUAGUUUAUGCGUUUCUGAUUUAUUAUCAGCACUUGUCAGUCCUCUAGCGUUAUAUCGUAGGACGUGGGGAUUUGAGGAAUGGCUGCUUCCUGGAGUUCUAUGCAAAAUCUUUUGGUCGAUUGACACUUGGACAAAUUACGUAACAUCUCUUCACAUACUACUCUUUGCAACAAUAAGACUUCUAUCUAUCAAAUGGCCUUUCGGAUACAAAAAAAUAAAAUUGAGGCAAAUAAAAAUUAUUACAGCGAUAAUAUGGUUCAUCACAUUUAACUGUGGAUUUAUUCCAAGAUGGAUCUGGUAUGAAUCAAAGAAAAGAGACAGACACGCAUCAAGUGUGGAUGCUAAAUGGCCAUCUUGUACUCUCAACACUGACUGGCUGAAUGAAUAUAGACUUUACUACAAAAUAGCCUAUCCAAUUUUUAUUUAUUUUCCCAUGGCUGUAAUUGCAGUUUUAUCACCAGCAAUUGCAAUUAUUUUGAUGAGGCAGAGACAAAACAGAGUAUGGAGAAAACAAGCCAGCAUGUCGAUUAAGAACAAAUGUCCAAAGAUGAGUAAAUGUGAAAUGAAAACCCAGAGAAGAGAAAAUCACGCGAUUCUGCAACUGGCAUUUAUUUCCGGAUCCUUUAUGUUUGGAUACAUUCCUAUAACAGCUUAUACAUUUUACACCACAAAUGUUAAACAUAGUAAAUUGGCUAUGAAACAGAUGGAUUGGAACUUUGGAAUGAUUGCUUAUAUUCUGCUUAGACUUUCGGAAUGUUUGAAUCCAAUUUUCUACAACAUCGCAUCAGCAAAAAUGCGACGGGAGACUGUAGCGUUCCUAAAAAAGAUCAUUAAAUGUUGCUCGCCUUUAGUCGCCGUUCGUGGUAGAACAAACUCUUCGAGUUCGAAUACAAGCGAAACAACAUCUGGAAGAAAUACUCUUGACCUUGAAUUAUAAAAUGAGAAUAAUUUUUUUUAUCGUGCCUCAUUGACUUAGGUAUGUUGAGUAUGACAUACUUGAAACUGUAGUUAAUUGCCAUUUGCCAAGUAUUUACAAGAUGUUGAACUGGACUGCUGUGGCCAAUAUGUAUAUGGGACUUUUUUAAAACUAUAAUGCGAUUAUGAUAUUAUCCUCUCGUGAUGUUUCAUAAAACCUGCCUGCCUCGUUCAAGGGUGGUGUUCAAAGGCCGCUUCUAUUCAUUUCCGACAUAAAUGAUGCGAAAUGAUUUCCACUAGAAGGCGCCGUGCUUACAGGAGAUAUCUCCAGAUCGUGCCGGGCUAAAGAUCGUGUUUUCAGGCAAUGCUGACUCGGAUUACCGAGAAAUUUUGAAUGUGUUUUUUCAUUUAACACUAUACAGAAUUAAGACUUGUUAUGCAUUUUUAAUUUAGCCUAUUCCACUUUUCGUUCGUAAUUGUUAUUUUCGUGCAAUGUACAUUAUUCGUCCACGGAAUAGAAUUGGAAAAAAAUAAGUUGGUUCAAGUUGGCAGAAAUAAUAAAAAGUUUGGGUGUUUUUUUUUAUCUAUAAUUACUCAAGCUUAAGUCAAAUUCUUUAGCUAGAACUGGGAAAUACUCAUGAAAAUGCAAAUACCACUAAAAUGCUAAAAAUCGACAAUACCGCUAUUGAUAAAGCAACUUUAACAACAACUACAAGAGUCACGAUUACUGAAAGAACAUGAACACCAAGUUUGAUAAUAGGAACAGAAAUAAAUUCUCAAAAUUCGAGGUUAAAACAUUUUUCCGGGUCGGGUAAGAUUCAAAUUUUUAUAUACUGUAGUCUCUAUUUACUCACCUACCUACGUGUGAAUUCCCAUGUAGAUGAUGCCCUAAUGAAAAGCCCUGAAAUCACACUUAAAUAAUUGUAAAUUUUUAAUCAAUUCGAAUUAGGUUUUUAUGUGAAAAUAUUGACAGACCAGUCAGUAAACGAAUAUGUCGAAUCCCGGUUAAUAAAUGAAGACUACAUAACAAUUUUAAAAUUUUCAACAUCUUAUACCACCUCAAAUAUAUAAGCACGACACUUUUUCAAUGUGUCGGUCACGAGAUAGAAAAUAUUGCAAAUUACUUUCAUAGAAAUAGUCAAACAUUGUAUUACGCAACAAGGGAAGCAGAGUUUUGCAUACUUUUAUCAAAAUAUCCCUAAUUACUUGGUCUCUUGACCAAUCGACAAUACAUUGUUUUUAUCGAAAGGGUUAUACCGCUAAUUUGAUAGCUGAAAGAACUGUCUGGUUGGGAACCAGCCGCAAGUCUAUUUGAAUUUCGGAAAUGGCAAAGUUUCUAAUAACCAAUUGUAAUUUCCGCCCUAAGAUAUCCCCGAUUUUAAUAUCGGUAGAAAUUUUGGAUGGAUAAACUAAAUUUCGUCUAGUUGGUGCCACAUAUUUAAAGGGAUUUGACGUGGAAUCAAUAUGUAUACGUCAGUGGCUUGGAAUUUGUUAAUGAAUGCUGGAUAUACUUACCUGUCUCCGUCGCUUCACUAAGCAAAUACUGAUACGGCUUGAAUAAAUUAUUGUGGCCCAGCUUAAGCCGGUGCAUCUGUAUGUGUUCUAUGUCGCUAGGCCAAAUAAAAGUAAUAUGACAUAUGAUUAUAUACUAAGCAGAAAACUCUUUCCAUUGGAAUAUUGUUGCAUGAUCGUGUUUAUGAUACUCAUAUCUAUCAUAAAUACAUAUAUACAUUCUCUCAUCUUAUUGUACCGUUAAUCACAAAUGUUUAUUUUUAUGUCAAAAUUUUCCUCCAUGCACUUCAGAUAUAUAUGUGAAUUGACCACCACAAAGCUAUUUUUCGAUCAUAUUGACUUAAAUGUUUUCAAAUCUGACUUUACUCAAUUAAUCGGCAUAAUAUUUGUGUGAGUUUACUUCUGUGUCAAUGAAAAACAAUUUUUCACAAAUGUCACAUUGAAAGUUAUCAUAUUAUCAUCAUUGUUCUAGUUUGAGUCGUUCUCAUUAUUACGUAGUUUUAAAUCCAGUAUGUUCCAUGCUAAUGCCAUACCAUUCCAAGAAACACAUCAAGUAUUUACACAGAAAUUCAUGAUAUAAAUAGACAUUCAUAAAAAAGCUGACGAAAUUUGUGGAAAAAUGAAUCGCGUGAGAACAAGAGGAAAUAUUUUUAAAUGAAAAUAAUCGACAUUAAAAACCAUAAUUAUUGAAGGGCUCACUUCCAGAAGCGCUGAUUCAUAUCCGGUAAUUGGAUCCUUGUAUUAGCAAUUUGGGCAAAUGAGCUAGAUGCUAAUCCCAAAUCAAUAAUUUGACAACAAAAAUAUUCGGGAAUGAGACCAGCUAUUUAAUGUGAUGUUUAAACUGUAGAAUCUUCAUUUGUCAAUUGAAGACUU